AUUUGUGUGUAGCUUUUACGCAGGGGCCUGGUUUAGAGUAUACAUACAUAUUGCAGCCCUGAAUCAGCUGGGAGUCGUCUUUCGAAUUUGUAUUCGCUGCCCGAAAACAAAGAAGUCAACAUUUUUGAAUGUAGCCCACAAUUGUGAAAUCAAAAUUAAUGAUGUCACUGGCGCACAAUCAGGUGAUCGCCCUCCAGGUGGGCUACUCCUACAAGGAUGCCAGCGACCCCACAGCCAUGCGGGCCAAUUGCAGUUGUACAUUGAUCCGCUGUCGCGAUGGCACCAAUAUAAUCGUGGACACCCUGACCGCCUGGGAUGGAGAGCACUUGAAAUCGCUGCUGGCUGCUCAGGGCCUGGAAGUGAAUGAUAUUAAUGUGGUUGUCUGCACACACGCCCACACAGAUCACACUGGGUGCAACUAUCUGUUCCAGAAGGCGCGUCUGCACAUUGUCGGCUCGUGUGCCUCCAAGCGGGAUCUGUACUUUGAGCAUCCCAGCGCACUGGAUACGCAUGGCGAGGUGCUGCUCGAGGAGACACCCGGCCACACGCUGGACUGUGUCUCUGUGAUUGUGCACAAUACGCAGUUAGGCGGCACUGUUGGCAUUUGUGGUGAUCUGUUUGAGCGGCGUGAGGAUAUUGACGAUGCGAAGAUUUGGAAAAUGGCAGGCAGCGAGGAUGAGAAGAGACAGGCGGAUGAGAGGCAGAGGAUGUCACAGCUAUGCGGACACAUUGUGCCCGGACAUGGUCCGAUUUUUGCGUUGGAUGCCGAAUUGCGGAGUAAAAUUGAAAACUAUGUGAAACUGGGGGAUUAACAAGGUUGACAGCAUUGAUUGAUUUAGUGUGUGCGUGUGUUUUAAGCAAGCUAUGAUAUAGCCAUUAAUAUUGAUAGGCGCUUUGUAUUCAAUUGUAUUCAAUUCAAAUUUCGUCUUGCAAUCCGUUUCGUAAGAAGUUUUUUUUUUUUUGGUCUCAAAUUUUACUGUUUAAGCGAUGAAGCAAUGUUUCAGGAAUCAAUAAAGAUAUUAUUGCCAAUUUAAA